AGGCACCGUGCAACAUACCUGCUACGUACCUGUAUCCAUUGACAUCUAACAAUAAUAUCGUAUCACCCGAAGUGAACCCUCCAGAUCCUUCUUCCUCCUCCAUCCCAUCAUGUCAUCCCGCCAGAGCUCCUCGCGCAGCAAAGCGCCUAAAGGCGAAUACAUCGAAACAGACAGCGGCAACAAAGUUUCCCGCAAAGCCAACAUCUCCGGCACCGCCAACAUCACCCUCGGCGGCCGCACCGUCAUCAUGGCCGACGUGAACCUCCGCGGCGACCUCCACCGCCUCCCCUCCUCCACCGACGAACCCUCCGCAAAACCCUCCUCCACCUCCACCCACGCCAUCUCCAUCGGGAAACACACCGUCAUCUCCCCGCGUUGCAUCCUCCACCCCCCGCACCGCGUCCACCGCGGCGCCACCCAGUACUACCCGCUGAAGAUCGGGGAUAACGUGUUCGUCGGGCCGGGAUGCGUGGUGUCCGCGGCGGCGAUCGCGUCGCAUGUGUAUGUGGGUGAGGGAAGCGUGUUGAUGCCGUUUUGCAUGAUCCGGGAGAACGUGAGGAUUUUGCCCGGGAGCGUGGUGCCGCCGAAUAUGGUAGUGCCGCCGGGGUCGGUGGUGGGAGGACGGCCGGCGAGGGUGCUGGGGGAGGUCGGGGAGGGGUGGGGGGUUAAUGUGGCCGGAGCGGGAGGAGCGGAGAUGUGGGUGGAGGGAGGGGAUUUGAGGGAGUUGGUGAGGAGUGUUAAGUGAAAGAGGGAGAGUUGGUCAUAUUGAAGAAAGGUCGCGGAUGAUGUUGGCUCGACCUCCUAUAACUGCUUGCGUAUCCGACCAAAAUGAGUUGGUUUCAAGAUCAGACGAUGCGGUCUGGCAUUACGACUUGUCACGCGAGAAGCAUGGUUAACGAAGAUUGGUCAUUCUGGGCUGGCAUCUUCUCCGAAGAGGCAUGUAGCUGCUUCUCUUUCUAGGGAAGGCAUGCAGAAAGAGGACAGAUCCAUCCGAGGUAAACGAUGUGUACGAUGGAGCUGAGAUAAUGUAUAUUGAUGUCUAUUGAGUUCUAUGGCCGGGAAUGAUGCUUAUUCCUCGAGUUCCUCUCCUCAAAACUUCAGCUCGCCCUCGAACCCGUCAACGUGCCAGAAGUUGGCCUUGAUCGGAGUGACGCUGCGCAGCCAGUCAGUAUAGAUCAUAGAUGACAAUCCUA